AUGCUUUACAACUACAGUGACAUGCAUGAAACCAUGAAGUUUCACCUCAACAACGUGGGCGACCCUUACAGAGGAUCAAAUUAUCGCAUUAAUUCCAUGGAGAUUGAAAAGGAUGUCCUUGAUUUCUUCGCAAAGCACUGGCAUGUCGAAGAGGAGUAUUGGGGCUACAUCACAUCAUCGGGGACCGAAGGUAACAUGGAAGGGCUUUACAUAGGCAGAGAACGUUUCCCCGAGGGAAUUCUAUACCUGUCCAAAGACAGCCAUUACUCUAUAUUCAAGAUUGCGAGGUUGUUUCGGAUGAAAUUCCAGGUUGUCAAUUCUCGGGAGAAUGGUGAAAUGGAUUACACAGAAUUUGAGCAGCUGAUCCAACAAAACGCGGGUGUCCCUGCGAUCAUCAAUGCGAACAUUGGAACAACCAUGAAGGGAGCUGUUGAUGACAUCGGGAAGAUCGCAGAGAUUCUCACCAAGUACAACACCGAAUUCCAUAUCCAUGCCGACGGCGCGCUGAUGGGUUUUGUGCUGCCCUACAUCUACAAUAACCUUUCCUUCAAGAGGCACAUCAACAGUAUAGCAAUAUCUGGUCAUAAGUUUCUCGGAACUCCGUUUCCUUGUGGCGUAUUCGUCACGGAGAAGAAAUUCCGUUCCCUGAUAGAAAACAGGAUCGACUAUAUUGAUUCGGUCGAUGAUACCAUUCUGGGGUCAAGGAAUGGACAUGCUCCCUUGUUCCUGAAGCACAUCAUCACGGUGAAGCAGAACAAAGGAUUCAAGGAGGAUGUCUUCCGGUGCUUGUAUCUUGCUCAGUGGCUGGUGAAUCGCAUGCAGAGUCUGGGGAUCGACGCAUGGAUGAAUGAUCUCUCUAUCACAGUGAUCUUCCCCCGGCCAGCAGAGAUUGUCGUCAAGAGGUGGCAGCUCGCGUCGAAUGGCAAUCUCUCCCAUGUGGUUGUAAUGCCGCAUGUCACACAAGAGAUGCUGGAGGUGUUCUUGAAGGAGUAUCUCGCAAACCCUUCUCCCUCCUAG